AGAACAACGAAGCGCGAGUCAGCCCCGCACGGCCGGGCUCCGGCUGGGAGUCUGGGCGCAGCGCGCAUGCGCGGCACGUGCGCGCGCACCUCCCUCCCCGGGGCUGCGCGCCCCGACACUCGCGAAGGCUCGGCGCACCGGCUGUCCUCGGCCGCUCGGGGGACCUGCGGGACGCGCGGCCGCCUGCGGGGCCGGCGGUGCAGCGCGAGAGAGCUCGGAGGCCGCUGGGGAGAUAUUUCAACAAGGAAGAAAUCACUCUGCUCCUAAGAUGGAAUCUGUGAUUUGGGAAUGUGGCUGAUCAUCUUGAUAUGCUGGCCAGAUGUGCCCUAUGUAAUAAAAUGAAAAGAAGAUACAAGAUGAUGUCAUUUUCCAAUAUUGUGAAACCAAAAACAAAUGCCUUUUGUGAGACCAGGCUAACAAACCUCUGACAGUACAAGGAGUUUUUAACUGUUUGAAGAACCUAACAGAUACAGAAGGGGUGCUUUCAAGCUGAGACCUGCAGGCACAUCUUGAGUAAAUCUGAUCAUCCAAGUCUCAUCCAGAUCCAGGAAGAAUGGCUAUGAGUUGGAUUGUCUUUUAUCUUUGGCUCUUGACUGUGUUUGUGGGGCAUAUAGGUGGGCACAGUUUGUUUUCUUGUGAACCUAUUACCUUGAGGAUGUGCCAAGAUUUGCCUUAUAAUACUACCUUCAUGCCUAAUCUUCUGAACCAUUAUGACCAACAGACAGCAGCUUUAGCAAUGGAGCCAUUCCACCCUAUGGUGAAUCUGGACUGUUCUCGGGAUUUUCGGCCAUUUCUUUGUGCACUCUAUGCCCCUAUUUGUAUGGAAUAUGGACGUGUCACACUGCCAUGUCGUAGGCUAUGUCAGCGUGCCUAUAGCGAGUGUUCAAAGCUCAUGGAGAUGUUUGGUGUUCCUUGGCCUGAAGAUAUGGAAUGCAGUAGGUUUCCAGAUUGUGAUGAGCCAUAUCCCCGACUUGUGGAUUUGAAUUUGGUUGGAGAUCCCACUGAAGGCGCCCCAGUUGCAGUGCAGAGGGAUUAUGGCUUUUGGUGUCCUCGAGAGUUGAAAAUUGAUCCUGACCUUGGCUAUUCCUUUUUGCACGUGCGAGAUUGUUCACCACCAUGUCCCAAUAUGUACUUUAGGAGAGAAGAACUAUCAUUUGCUCGCUAUUUCAUAGGACUGAUUUCAAUCAUUUGCCUCUCUGCCACGUUGUUUACUUUUUUAACCUUUUUGAUUGACGUCACAAGAUUCCGUUACCCUGAAAGGCCUAUCAUAUUUUAUGCAGUCUGCUACAUGAUGGUGUCAUUGAUUUUCUUCAUUGGCUUUUUGCUUGAGGACCGAGUAGCCUGCAAUGCAUCUAGUCCUGCACAGUAUAAGGCUUCCACAGUAACACAAGGAUCUCACAAUAAAGCCUGUACCAUGCUUUUUAUGGUACUCUACUUUUUCACUAUGGCUGGCAGUGUAUGGUGGGUAAUUCUUACCAUCACAUGGUUUUUAGCAGCUGUGCCAAAGUGGGGUAGUGAAGCUAUUGAGAAGAAAGCAUUGCUGUUUCAUGCCAGUGCCUGGGGCAUCCCUGGAACUCUAACUAUCAUCCUAUUAGCGAUGAAUAAAAUUGAAGGUGACAAUAUUAGUGGCGUGUGUUUUGUCGGCCUCUACGAUGUUGAUGCAUUAAGAUAUUUCGUUCUCGCUCCCCUCUGCCUAUAUGUGGUAGUUGGGGUUUCUCUCCUCUUAGCCGGCAUUAUAUCCCUAAACAGAGUUCGGAUUGAGAUCCCAUUAGAAAAGGAAAAUCAAGAUAAGUUAGUGAAGUUCAUGAUCCGGAUUGGUGUUUUCAGCAUUCUUUACCUUGUACCACUCUUGGUUGUAAUUGGAUGUUACUUUUAUGAGCAAGCUUACCGUGGCAUCUGGGAAACAACAUGGAUACAGGAACGCUGCAGAGAAUAUCAUAUUCCAUGUCCAUACCAGGUGACUCAGAUGAGUCGUCCGGACCUGAUCCUCUUUCUCAUGAAGUAUCUGAUGGCUCUCAUAGUCGGGAUUCCCUCUAUAUUUUGGGUUGGAAGCAAAAAGACAUGCUUUGAAUGGGCCAGUUUCUUCCACGGUCGUAGAAAAAAAGAGAUAGUGAAUGAGAGCCGGCAGGUGCUCCAGGAACCUGACUUUGCUCAGUCGCUCCUGAGGGACCCAAAUACUCCUAUUAUACGAAAAUCAAGAGGAACUUCCACACAAGGAACAUCCACACAUGCUUCUUCAACUCAGCUGGCCAUGGUGGAUGACCAAAGGAGCAAAGCAGGGAGUGUCCACAGCAAAGUGAGCAGCUACCAUGGCAGCCUCCACAGGUCACGUGAUGGCAGGUACACUCCCUGCAGCUACCGAGGAAUGGAGGAGAGACUACCUCACGGCAGCAUGUCACGCCUGACGGAUCACUCCAGGCACAGUAGUUCUCAUCGGCUCAAUGAGCAGUCACGACACAGCAGCAUCCGAGACCUCAGUAACAACCCCAUGACUCACAUUACACACGGCACCAGCAUGAACCGUGUUAUUGAAGAGGAUGGGACCAGUGCUUAGUCUCAUCUAAAGUGAAACGUGUGCUGUUGAAAGCGGGUUUUAGUCUUGGCCUUCACAUGGCUGGCUGCUGUAACUUGCUGUCAUCCUGCUUUUAAUCAGGCAGAGUGUGCCCACUGAGAAGGUAGAUCUUUGCUUUUUGUAUCACAUCAAACUUGGCGUGUAAACACAUCCCAAACACUAAGAAUCAUGUCAUCACAAAAAUAAUUCUUUCUAGGUUGUGAAGAGAUGAUUGUCUGGUAAGCAUUUUUAUAAACACACUUAUUUUAUAUUUAGAAAAAUCCUAUAUGUGUGGUGACUGCUUUGUAGUGAACUUUCAGAUAAUAUGAACUUGUGGUGAAAUGACAUUCUGGUAGCUCUGUUAAUAAAACAAAGUUUCAGAAUUAAAGAAAAUUUCUAUGCAAGGCUUAUUUCUCAGAUGAAUACUAGGACUUUGUAGGUUUAUUUCCACUGAGUGCAAAAAAAGGAACUGUUUUUAAACUGUAGAAGAUUGUGAUAAGCCAGCAAGGGUAUUAGCUAAUAGGAUCAAAGUGCCAGAAGAGUCCAGUUGGCCUGUGGGAGGUUCUCUCGAAGUCCAUAGUCUUCCCCACAGAUAUUCAGGAUGUGGAUGAGUUAGCAUUGGAGUAAAGGCAGAGAUGAGCAUUUCCCCUGCAGUUGUAUUGUUUUUUACUUUUGUAAAUAUUACUUUUAUGGGCUAUGUUUUUAUAAUAUCCAUAUGCAUGAUAGAAAAAAUUUAAUUUGUGGCCAUCUUUUCCUAGGUAAUUGUAUUGAUUCAUAGACAACUUCAUGUUCAGAUAUGUUCUGUGGAGGCAUGCAGUAAGAUAAGCAUCACACAUUAUAAGGGUUUUUAAGUGGUAAACAAAUUACAAAAUGGCAAAAUAUUUUCUCUGUAUUUGUUGUUGUAUUUUUCUACAGUGAGAUGUGACCUUGCCAAAGCCAUCAGACAUUGAUAUACAGGCCCUCCUAUAGUGAGCUGAUUGUCUGCUCUCAAAUUCCCCAGUAGCCAGUUGGCUACUGCUUGUGCCCCACAUUCCUAUUUUCAGUUUCUGAAUCAUUGUUUACAUCUGAAAUAUGUAAUCUAAGUCCAAAGUGGUGAUUCAUUUGGGUUCUUGAAAACCAUUGUAGCUAAGUGGAGCAUGGUUACUCUUUCUGUGAAUACCUUUAAUCUAAAAAACAUCAAGUGAAAAACACUUGACAUUUUAUCUUAUAAAGCUUAAAUGAUUUAGGAUAUGAACUGUGAACUUUAUUGGGUAUGAAACUGAUCAGAAAGAAAAAUUCUGGAAAAUGCUAAUGUGUUAUUCAGAAAACCCAGUGAUUCCCAGCCCUGACUGCAGGUAAGACUCACUCUGGGAGCUCUUGUUAGCCAACAUCUCUCUCUCAGGUGAGAGUUGGUGCUUUAAAAACAAACAGAAGCUUUCCAGGUGAUAUUAGCUAGCCAGACUUGAAGCCCAUUCUUUUAAGCUCACUUUCUCCUAAUGAUGGGCUGAUGGUAUCACUUUUGAUCAUGGGAAGAUCUAGCCAGACUCAGUGAUACACUUUACAUUGUUACCUAAUAUAUUGUUGUUUCCUACUUUAUUAUCCAUUAUAAAAUGCAGAAUUCUCAACUCUCAUCUCUGGAGAGUCUUACUCAAUAAGUCAAAGGCAGUAUGAUUUCACAGAUCUAUGUUUCUAAAAACACAGAAGAUUCUUAGCAGGCUAUCCAAGAAUCACACUCAGAAAAAAUUAUUCUAGACUCUGGGAGGGAGGCCUGGCUUUGCCAUAUGCUAGUUUUCAACUUUGAACAAGUCAGCCUCCUUGAGCCUAGCUCCCCUUGUUUGAAAAUGAAGAUUGGAGAUGAAUAUCCACUCUACCUACCUCACAAUGUUGUCAAAUUAAGAUCAAAUGGAAACAACCAUAUGGAAGCUCUUGGAAACUGUGAAGCAUUAUGAAAUAUGAGAGACUAAGGUUCUUGAGGACUUAAGAGCUUUAUUAGAGGUGUACUGUAGUACAUUUCUUGACACUUGCUUAUUCAUGUGUAUGCUUCUUUCAUCCUUUAAAAUUAAGAGCUCCUACCUGACAGAAGAGCCAGUUUUCUGGUAGUCAUGAUUUAUUUGUCAUGUUGCUUCUUCAAAGUAUGUACCAGUAGAGAUUACCCAUUCUGCAUAAGACACAUUUGAGCAUUUAGCCCCAAAUUUUUUCUCUUCCUCUGUCCUAUCUUUCUCCUCAGAACUGGAGUUACCACUCAGAGAGGCCUGAAGUCCCUUAUAACUGAUAGUUGGUAAACCCUUCCUUAUGCCUUACAAGGCACCACUGAUAACUUGUCUAUAAAUAAACCAGUAACUCAGGAAGCUUCUGUUUGAGAAGCUCCAUAGAACAGCAUGGGCAAACCAAACAAACAUCCACAAAGAAUCAUAGGAAGUUAAGAUAGAAAUACCAGUUUGAGCUCAAAGAUGUCGUCUGUUACCAUCUGCAUCACUACCAAUUGCCAAGUGUUCAUUGGUUGUCUUUAAAGUGGGCCAUGUGCAAACAGUGAAGUGAGCAUUGCCGUGAAAGUCUCACCUGUGUGCUUCCAGAUUCUGGGCGUGUACUCGCACCUCCUCUAAGCUGGUGGUGAUGUGUAUGUGAAUGUUGUUGGCCUGCAGUCACUUUCAACAGGGACCAUCAUUCACUUGUUCUGCACAAUCUUCAUGAUAGUGUUUGUUUCAAGUAGCACUGUUCAGUUUGGGCCGUGUUCUUUAUUUAUCAUACUAGUGCUAUAGGUUAAGAACUUUCUUUCUUCCAUUUUUU